AUGGGCGGCCUCGACGACGAGCGCAUGAAGUUGUCGCCGAGGCGGCUGCGGGGCCGCGAAAUCCCGCCGCCGCCUGACGGCGCGUCGACACCGGUCAAGAAUGCUGCACCGAAGAAGGCCCCGACCCGGCGUUGCGUGCACGAUGGCUGCACGGCCGAGAACCUCAUCUCCAGCCCCGUCUGCGAGAAGUGCAAGCAGCCCUUCGUGCGCGCGAGGCGCGACGGGAGGGCGGACGGCAAGGGGCCGAGCGCCGCGGUCCAGCGCCUGGGCGUGCGGGCGGCCACGAAGGCGCGCAUGCUCGGCGCGUUCAAGGGCAAGGCGGAUCCGACCGUCGUGUUCGCGCCGUCGAGCGUCGAAGUCGCGCGUCCCAUCGUCAUCGCGCGGGCCCUCCUGGGGCGCGUGCUGAGCCAGGACCGCGUGGGCUCGUUCUCGCUGCGGGACGCCGCGCGCUUCGUGCGCGCGCAGGACCCGGGCACGCUGCUCCACGUGCGCGGCGACGAAGCUGCGGUGUCGCGCUACCUGGCGCUCCACGAGGACGACGUGCGACAUGUCUUCCAGCCAGACACGCACCCCGACCUGAGCGGCGGCUGCGCCCUGCUGCGGCAGCUCGGCGAACUCGCCAAGCAAAUGCGGGCGGCGGGCGAGCCCCCGCGCGCCAGCGCGCCCGCCGCGGCGGCGAGCGGCGGCGACCACCGUCCACCGGUGGUGGCACAACCGGCCACCCCGGUCGUCUACCGCGUCUUCGACGGACACUGCGGACCGCUGGAGCGGCUGGACCUCGCGCCGCGCGAGGACGAUCCUGCGCCGUGCGUCUCGUCGGCGCCCGGCUCCUCGACCGCGGCCCAGGCGCACGACGGCGGCGCGGACCGCCCCUGGCUGCAGCAGCCAACGGCUGCUCCCGGGCCCGCGGGCAGCGCGGGCGUGCAGUGCGGCUCCGCCGUCCGAUGCCGCGUCGAGGGCGGCACCGGGUUCGUCCGCGGCAUCGUCCAGUGCGUGUGGGUUGCGUCGCCGCCGCCCGGGCCCGGGGGAGGCGCGGCGAGCCGCCAUCCCGGCGGCGAUCCGCGGCCCAGGAGGAUGGCGCAGCUGCGGCGUCUCGUGGAGGGCAGGACGACCGUGCUCGGCCGCGAGGCAGCGCGGAACGAGCUGUUCCUCGUCCAGGACGUCGUCACCGUCUGCCUGGACGACGGCGCGACCGUGCUGAACUUCGACGAGUUUCCGGACUGGAUGCCGGCCUCCGGGCGACGGAGCAAGCCCGUGCACGCCCAGGAGCGCAGCCGGCUGACCUCGAGGCUGCGCUUCUCAUACGUCGCCGCGCAGGGGGUCUUUCGCGAUCUCCCGGCGCGGGAAGCCAUGCGCUUCGGCGAACCGCUGCCCUCGGGCGCAGCGUUCGGCGACGCCGCGGCCCGCGACGCCGCGAUCGCCGCCUCGGACGACGCCGGCAACCAUAGGGCGACGGGAGAUCGGCUGCGGGCGAUGGACGUCUGCUCCGGCGCCGGGGGGCUUUCGACGGGCCUCGAAGCGUCGGGGGCGGUCUCGGUGCGGUGGGCGGUCGAGAGCGACGCGGCCGCGGCCGCCGCGUUCCGCGCCAACCACCCCGCCGCGGUGGUGCUUGAGGAGCGCUGCGAGGACGUCCUGCGGCGCGUCGCGGCCGGCGGCGCCGGCGGCCACGGCGACGGUGCCAGCGGCGGCGGCGGCGGCGGCGUUGCGCCGCAGGACGUCCUCCCCGCGCGGGGCGAGGUCGCCCUGAUCUGCGGUGGACCCCCCUGCCAGGGGUUCUCGGGGCUGAACCGCCACCGCGGGGCCGCGCAGGCGAUGGGCAACAACGCGGUGACGACCACGUUCCUGUCGCUGUGCGAGGCGUACCUGCCGCCGUUCGUCCUGCUGGAGAACGUGCGCAACCUGGCGACGCACGAGGGCUUGGACGGCGGCUCCACGCUGGGCAGGGUGCUCCGCUGCCUCCUCGAGCUCGGGUACCAGGUCCGCUUCGGCGUGCUCGACGCGUGCGCCUACGGCACGCCGCAGAGCCGCAAGAGGCUGGUCGUCAUCGGCGCCCUGAGCGGCCGCGCGCGCCUCCCGGCUUGGCCCGCGCCGACGCACGCGUACGCCGACGCCGAGCUCACACUGUUCCCGACCAGGCCCGCCGUCGCGUGCCGCGCCCUGCCCCCCGCUGCCGCGGGGCUCCGCGCGGCCGUCACGGUGCGCGACGCGAUCGGAGACCUGUGUGGAUGCAGCGACCCGGGGGGGGAGGCCGCGCCGUACGCGGGGCCGCCGCAGAACGCGUUCCAGAAGGGCGUGCGGCGAGGGUGCGGCGAGCGGGUCCACGACCACGCGUCGCGGCCGCUGCCGGACGGCCAGCACGCCGAGCUGUUCGGAGACGCAUCAUGCCAGGCCCGCAGCAAGAAGAGGAGGAAGAGAGACGCGCAGCGGCCGAGCCCCCUCGCGGAGCUCGCGGCCGUCGCGCUGGCCGACGACGGGGGCGCGCGGUCCAAGCGGCUGCUGCCCGACCAGCCCGCGCAGACCAUCACCACGGACCCGCGGGUGUCGGCGACCGUCUGCCGGGCGCUGCAUUACGAGGAGGACCGCUACGUGACCGUUCGGGAGUGCGCGCGGCUGCAGGGCUUCCCGGACGGGUUCCGCUUCCACGGCACCCUCACGGAGCGGCACCGCCAGGUCGGCAACGCGGUCCCCGUGCCGCUCGCGCGCGCCCUGGGCGUCAGCUUCGGGGAGUGCGGCUGGGCGGUGCUGCCGUGCGACCCACGAUGCGUUUGA